AACAGCAACGGCAGAGAAGUCCAAGCAGUGAUGUCUCUACUGGCAAAACCAAAGGGGGACGAGAAAGAGGUACACCAGGUUCGGAAGAAGGUUGCAGAGGACAGGCGCGCCCUGAACACGCUGCUUCAGCGGCGACUUGAGCAAGCUGAGAGACGCGAUGUCCACCGCCAGAGCGAGAUGUCUGCCGUGAUCGCCAAAGCGCUCACAAAGCCCAACAAAACGACUUCACGCGAGCCGAUGACCUUCGAAACCACCAGGAUCGCCUGCAACAGCAUCUACCAUUCGGCACUCAGGGUGGAUGCGGCACGCCGGAGCAUGUUAUUCGAAUACGCCGGUCUUGAGGCGACGAUUGCAAAAAUGGGCGGGGACCACAUGAACACAGUUACGGAGAAGUGGGUGCAAGACAUCGGGAGGGAGGAUAGGCUGCUCAGACUGGGUCACAAGACGGCGGUGAAGCGUGUCAAGAAGGUCUUGGGUGCUAAGGCCCCAGGUCAAGAGACACUAGUUGAGGAGACGGAGGGAGAAGAGAAGGGAAUUGGUGUGCAGGACGAGUUGAACAUGGAGCUCUUGCAAGGACUGAAAUACGCAGAGAGAGGAAUCAAGCGCAUGGUCAAAGGCGUCCCCAAGGACUGUUAUUGA